AUGAACGCACAAGCAAAAUGGCGCCAGCGCACUCCGGCAAAGAUUGACGUUCGACGCUCAAAAGCAGCUUCAGCAGCUUUUAAAAUUACCGAGAAAUCAAGUUCAUCCAAUUCAACAACUUUUGAACACCCAACGACAAUUCUGGGUCAGCCCCGGCCUUUAAAGCAAGCUGAAGAACCCUCGAUUGGCGCUUCGAUCGAGGCUGAAGACGCUUCGUCACGCUGGAAAGAAAUGCGACAAGCUGUACGCACUAAAGCGACGUUUGAGACGACAGAAAACAAAUGUGGCCAAGCCAAAAUUGCUGACUUGUGUCCUGUAGACCGAGAAAAGGUGUCUAAGUUGGUUCAUCGCGUCGUCGAGAUAGGAUCUCUACAUGAGGAAGCAAAGGAGGAAUUUGAAAGAGAGAAAGAAAUGCACGAGGCGGAAGUGACAGAGUUGCGACAACAUAUUAAAAGAGCUACCGAAGAAAUUCAAGAUUUGUCAGACGAACUGCGUAAUACAAGACGAAAGGCGCAAUUAUUUGAAGAACGAGUUGUGAUACUCGAGGAAAGCAUAGAUUCGGAAACGCGUUUAAGAUUGGAAGCAGAACAGACGCUAGACAUGCUUAGACUUGAAGUGGAAAAGCUGCGGGCACUGGUACAGCAACAACAAGGCGAAAUGCAGCGAGAAGCAAAUGUGCGGCAAAAGCACUAUGAUGAUGAGCUUUUACGUGUAAGGGAAGAUUUGAAACAAGCGCAGGAGCUGCUGCUGACGGAAAAGAACGAACGGCUAUAUGACAAGCAAAAAGUUCUCGACCAACGACUUGAGCGCUCUACUGCAGCUGAUGAUAACAAGCUACACCAGCUGUAUGCCCUUCUUGUUCAACAGCAGUAUGACUUGCAAGUCAAAGCAAAAGCGGAACAAGAAAAGAUGCGACAGGAUUUCAGACAGCAGCAAGAAUCGACUAAUGCCAAAAUGAGCCAGUUAAAGUUUGAGUUGAACGCUGCGCAGGAGCUUCUUCAACAAGAACGCGAAAAACAAACACUUGAAAAAGUAAAGACAAAUGCAAGUUCAAACAACAGCUUUGAAAAAGUUGUUCAAGGUGAACCAAUCGAAUCCUCUGAUCGCCAAAAUGCUUCUCCGAUUCAGCACGCUUCAGCCCUCGAAACAAAAAGCCAGCUUCCUCACUAUACGGAUAUGCAAGGUGACCUAGCUUUGUUUGAAGAAGUGAAAGACUUAUAUGCUGAAGAUCUUUUUGCGUCCCGAAAGUGGCAAACAGUUGCUUUUCGUUUUGAAAGUGCACCAUGGCUAACUUCUAGUGCGGCACUACCAUCAGUACAAGGCAAAACCAAUUCAUCAACGCUAGAUGUAUCUGUUCAGGAAGCUGUCGAGAAUGAUAUGCAGCUUCAAUUGCGUUUGGACUCAAUUUAUUAG